GGCACAUCCCCACGAGGCCCAAACCAAACACCGACCCGCACCGCACGUCUCCUCCCCCUUCCCAAAUCAAACCCCCGACGAGGCGCCGGCCCCUCCCCUCAUCGCCGCCGCCGCCGCUCGGUCUCCCCACGACCGCGUCGAUCCAUCCCUGGCGCUAGCUUUUCCGCACGCCCGCCUCUCGGGGCUCCACCGACCCAGCUCGAUUCGUGCCGGGGGCGGCUGCUCCGUCACCGCUGUAGCCCGCUGCUGGUGGGGUGCUCCGCGAUCGGCUGCCGCUGGUGUCGGGGUCUAGGGUUUUGGCUCCACCAGGCGGAGGCGGAGGGUGCAUUGGUUGGCGCGCGCAUGGGGAUGGUGCCCAACGGGCUCCUGCCCAAUGCGUCCGCCGGGGUGACGCGGCGGCUCGACCCCGAGCGCUGGGCGGUCGCGGAGGGCCGCACGGCGGAGCUGAUCGCGCGCAUCCAGCCCAACGCGCACUCCGAGGGCCGGAGGCUCGCCGUCUACCACUACGUGCAGCGACUUAUCAUGAACUGCCUCUCGUGCCAGGUUUUUACCUUUGGUUCAGUCCCUCUCAAGACUUACUUACCUGAUGGUGAUAUUGAUGUCACUGCUUUUGGUAAUAGUGAAGAAUUAAAAGACAUUUGGGCAAACCUUGUCCGGGAUGCAUUGGAGCGUGAAGAGAAGAGUGAAAAUGCUGAAUUUCAUGUAAAAGAAGUCCAGUAUAUUCAGGCAGAGGUCAAGAUUAUUAAGUGUAUUGUGGAAAACAUUGUUGUCGACAUCUCAUUUAAUCAAGUUGGUGGACUAUGUACACUUUGUUUUCUUGAAGAGAUCGACAACUUGAUCAGCCGAAAUCAUUUAUUCAAGCGGAGUAUCAUAUUGAUAAAGGCAUGGUGUUUCUACGAGAGUCGUAUUCUUGGAGCUCACCAUGGCCUUAUAUCUACUUAUGCAUUGGAGAUGCUGGUUCUGUACAUAUUUCAUGUAUUCAACAAUUCUUUUACUGGACCUCUUGAGGUUUUGUACCGUUUCUUAGAAUUUUUCAGCAACUUUGAUUGGGAGAAAUUUUGUUUGAGCUUGUGGGGCCCAGUUCCUAUAAGUUCACUUCCAGAUAUGACUGCGGAACCUCCACGGAUGGAUAGUGGUGAAUUGUUGCUGAACAAGUCCUUCCUGGAUACCUGUAGUGCUGCGUAUGGAGUUGUGCCUCGCACCCAGGAGAAUAAGGGUCCACCAUUUGUUUCCAAACACUUCAAUAUUAUUGAUCCUUUACGCACAAACAAUAAUCUUGGAAGAAGUGUCAGCAAAGGCAAUUUGUUUAGAAUACGCAGUGCUUUUGCAUAUGGGGCAAAAAGGCUUGGAAAGUUACUUGAAUGUCCAAAAGAAAAUUUAGUUAUUGAAUUGAAUCAGUUCUUCACAAAUACAUGGAUAAGAUAUGGGAGUGGAAGUCGUCCUGAUGUGCCUACCCAAAGUCUGGUUGAUGUGCAGCCUCUGAAAGUUGUUCCUUCUGUAGUGUCGAACAGUUACAAAAGUGUAACAGCAUGCAAGAAAAAAGUUGAAAGUCCUAAGCUUCUUGCUAAUCAGGACAAUCUUCAUGCAGAUCAAGAGAAUCUUACUGAAGUUGGUCACAGAUAUCCUGAUCGAUCUUCUCAGUCAAUUCAGAAAAGUGACCUAAAUUGUCAUACUCUGCCAGCAACAGUUAAUCCUUCUAUUUCUCAUGCUCAGCACCAAAAAGUUUAUGCAGCACAAGGAAAUGCCAGGGUCUCUGAACAGCUUGAAAGAAAACCCACUGAAGCUGAUGAUGGCCCCAGAAAUAUGACAUUGGUACCAAUCAUUAAUGAAGCUUCUGAGAUAGUAACAGGGCCUGAUUCUUUUCCAACACAAUCACGAACUAAACAAGUUGCAAAUGAUGUUGAUCCAACUCAAACCGGCAUGCCUAAUCCUGUGUUUGCACCUUUUGUUAUUGGUUCCCCACAGCAGAGGCAAGCUGAUAGCUCUGGAAGUCCAACAGGUCCACCAGUUCCUUUCGUUGUGCUCCCAUAUGCUCCAGGGAAUAGCGAUGGUUGUGGUCCCCAGUUCGAGAGAAGCGAAGCAAUUGAUCAGCUUUCUGCCAGUAUUGCGGGUCAAAAUUUUAGUUUGCUCAAUGAUGUUGACCAACCAGAUUCCUGUGCUACCUCAACAGCAUCAUGCAGUACUAUGACUGAGCCAUCCAGGGAACACAAGCCUGACAUCUUGAGCGGUGAUUUCAUUAGCCAUUGGCACAAUUUACAGUAUGGCCGACUCUGCCAGAAUACCCGUCCCUUAGGUCCUGUUCUAUACCCUUUUCCAGUCCCACAAAUGUAUUUGCAGGGCCAUGCUGCAUGGGAUGGGCCUGCAAGACGUCCUGCAGCAAAUGUUAACUGGACACAGAUGGUUGCCCCUGGUCAGCGAUUAUUUCCUGUGAUACCUUUGCAACAAUCUACGCAAAGAGGUACCGGCGUUCUCCAUAACUAUGGAGAAGAUGCACCAAGAUACCGUGGAGGCACAGGAACCUACUUUCCAAAUCCUAAGGUUCCAUUUAGGGAUCGGCACUCAAAUUCAAGAAACUACAGAGGAGGUUAUAAUGGUGACAGGAGUGAUUAUAGUGACAAGGAAGGAGGCUGGAUAAACUCAAAACAACGAAACCCAAACCGCAGCUAUGGACGUAGCCAGUCGGAGAGGUCUGGCAUGCGGUCUGAUAGACAGGCCAAUGAUGAAAGUCAGCCUGAUAGGCCACGUCGAACUUAUAGAAAUGACUCAUACAGGCAUGAGGCAAGCUCUCAAUAUCUUGUCCAGGGCCAAUCUUUUGGAUCCACAAGCUCUACGCACAAACAAGGGAACAUAGCACAUGAAGUUUAUACACCACAAUCUACAGCUUCAAAUGGUGCCGGUGCUUUAUCUGGCCCUCCAGGACCACCAUUUUUUAUGGUGUACUCAUAUGAACCAGGCACAAAUCAUGGUGCAUCCUCAUCUGAGCCAAUUGAAUUUGGUUCUCUUGGGCCACUUCCUGCAGCAGAUGGUGAUGACAUACCACGGUCGACACAUCAAGUGAUGCCUAAUGGGUUUCAUGGGCAAAGGCGUGGUCCAUAUAGGGGUGGUUCCUCUCAUUCCUCUCCUGAUCAACCGUCCUCACCUCAGCCGCGCAGGUAGUUGAAUGAUGGCAUGGUGACUUGGUUCUGGCAUUGAAGCCCUACGAUAGCGACAUUUUGCUCCACUACUCAUGAUCAUGUCCUGCAUGGGUUAGGAUGGUUGGGCCAUCAGCAGCCAACAACCAAAACAAGAAUGUGCUCUAGCUGGUUUUCAUGGUUCUUUCUGAUUUCUCACAAGCACUAAAUAGUGAAUACCAUCAAAAGAGUUUACCGGUCCCAGUAAUGAAGCUUCCUGGAAUGGAACCGACAAUCUUCAGAACAAAGCAUGGAACUAUGACGCCCGGAAUAUAGCUUCAUGCAGAAAUCAGAAUUGAACUAAGAUUAUGACAGUCUUCUCAAGGAUAUGGUAUUAGGUUGAAUGGAGCAGAAACAUUUCUGCGUCAAAUCAAAUACGAUCUUGAAGAAGCACUGGGUUUUAACUACCAUGAUUGGGGCAUUAUCUGGUCAUUUGUAACUGAAAGCUAAUAAUGAGUUCUUGUUUCUAGGUAGGAUCAAGAUCAUGUAACACAUACAACAAACUUUUCGCUUAGGUGUAUUAGGAGUUAGGUGAAUCCUAGGUGACAAAUUCUCGUGGUGUUUCAGCUGGAGGGACAGUACUCUUACGCACAAGUAAAAGAUGAUCGUCCUUUUCUUCUCUGUUCCAUAUGUGCGUUCAGUAUGUUACAAUUUCCACCAAUAUUGCUGCCUGGGCGCAUUUCAAUGCAUCAAUUGCUUUUAGGGUUUCUUGUGAAAUGUUGACGGAUCCAAUUUGGCUGGAUUUCAGAACAGAAACCACCAUUCUGUCCUGUAACUGUAAAACCUUGUUAUAUUAUACAUCAGUGGUGGACGCCAUGGAGGAGGGUACGAAGAGGAUGACUACAAGAAGCCUAGUGGGCAUUCAGGGGGAAGAUAUGGAGAUGCACACCCAUAGUGGGCAUUUAGGAAGGUACAAGAAGACUAGUAGCCAUAGUGGAGGGAAUUAUGGCAAGGAGGAAGAUGGCAAGAAGAAGAAACAUGGUGAUGAUGAGUCAGGGUGGUGGAUUGGGGAUUACCUGAAGCUGGCACAGGGUUUCAUGAACAAAAAGGAUGGGGAAGGGGAGAGUGAGGGUGUCAUGGGUGAUUACUUGAAGCUUGCAGUUGCAGAAGGGUUCUUGAAGAAAUGUUGAUUAAUCUUUUGCCAUGUCAUGGUUCAGGAAGGACUUGCCUGUGUUUGGUUAGACCCUAGUCCUAUUAAUGUUUGCAAGUUGUGAAAUUUUCAACAGUUUCCAGCGUAGGAUGUAAUAAGAGUGUAUGUGCCCAUGUCCUCUGUGUUGUAAUGUGAAUGCUUAAUGGGCUUCUUACGAUACUGAGAAAAAAUAAAAGGUUGGAUGCUUUGGUGUGCA